AUUGUUGUUCUAUGUUAUAGCUCAAGUUUUAAGAAGUUUUGUAACUAAUCUGAGGUCAUAUGCUGUUUAACAUAUACUUUAAGUGCAGAAAACAACUUAAAAUGAAGAUGGCAUGCAAACUUAACAGCAAUGCAGUGAGAAAACUUUGCACAACGACUGUGGCACGGAAGUUCAACCGACCUCCAACAAACAAAGAAAUGGUUCGAGCCGGAGGGAUAGCUUCCAUGUUUAGAUUACCUGUCUACAAAGACACCAAAGAACUUGAUGUAUGCUUUGUUGGGGUUCCACUGGAUGUUGGUGCUUCAAAUCGAACUGGCACAAGGUUCGGGCCAAGAGCUAUUCGCUCUGAGUCUGUAAUGCUUCGUAGCAUGAACAAUGACACAGGAGCAAGACCGUAUGAAAGUCUCCAAGUUGGUGAUGUGGGUGAUGUGAACUUAAAUCAGUAUAAUCUUCCAGAAGCAUGUAAACAAAUACAACAGCAGUUCUCAAAGUUUGUUGAAACAGGCUGCAAGCCUUUAACCAUGGGUGGUGACCAUACCAUAUCAUAUCCCAUACUACAGGCCAUUAAAGAAAAACAUGGCCCUGUAUGUCUCAUUCAUAUUGAUGCACAUACAGAUUUAUAUGGGCCAUUUAUGGGAUCAGAAAUACAUCAUGGAAAUCCAUUUAUGCUGGCAUACACGGAAAAACUAAUUGAUCCUAACAAAACAAUACAAAUUGGUUUAAGAGGCUCAGGAAUGGAAAAUGAUUAUGAAGUUGGUAAAAAAUUAGGCUUCAGAGUUGUACCCGCCAAAGACUGCUGGUGGAAAUCUCUUACACCCUUGAUGGAAGAAGUCAGAGAGAUGGUUGGAGAUAAACCAGUUUACAUUUCAUUUGACAUCGAUUCACUAGAUCCAGCAUAUGCACCAGGAACAGGCACACCUGAAAUCGGAGGUUUGACGGGAGUCCAAGCGUUAGAGAUUAUUCGAGGAUGUAGAGGUCUUAACAUCGUUGGUUGUGAUCUUGUUGAAGUGUCACCACCGUAUGAUAUUGCUGGCAAAACAUCUAUCCAUGCUGCCAACUUGUUAUUUGAGAUGUUAUGUGUUUUACCUGGUGUAAAAUAUUAAAUUUUUUAAAAAUAUGUAGUAGAGUUAUAUUUAAGAAAAAGAUUUCAUGUUAAACUCAAAUAUAA